UGAUCUUCUGUUUUCUCUUAUUUUGUUUUCAGUCCGUUGUGAUUCGCGCUGUCAAAAUUACGAGAGAAACAAAUCUAUUGUGUUAAGUCUAUGAGUAAAUCAAUUUGGCAAGGUGUUUUUUGAGAAAAAUUAUACCUGUUUUAUAUUCGUAAACACAGUCAUCAAAUCGCAGGUUAUCACGAAAUGGAAUCACAAAAGUCAUCAAUGGAAAUAUUAUCUGAAUUGUUCGGCACAUUCGAUGCAGAACCGCCUUUGAUUAUCAAAAAAGAAAAAUCCGAAAAACACAAGAAGAGUAAAAAGAAACAUAAACACAAGGACAAGAAACACAAGAAAAAGGAUAAAAAGAGAAAACACAGUGAUGCAGAAUCAAGUCCUGAUUCUCAAUUUGACCUAGCUGAAAUCCUUAUAAAAAAUGAAAAGGAAAUGAGUGAGAAAAGGAUCAAAAUUGAAAAAGAAGAUGCACCUGAGAUUAAGACUGAAAAAGUUGAGGUUAAAAGAGAAACGGAAGAAAAAGAAACACCAAAAAUUGAAAUUAGCACUAUUUUACAGUCCACAAUAAAAGAAAUACAAGAAAAAGUUAGUAAGGAUGAAGGUGAGUUAUCUAAGAAAAAAUCUGAGAGUCCUAAAGAGAAGCAUAAAAAGAAAAAGAAACAUUCAAGUGAGUCCAAAAAGAGAAAGCGUAGCAAAAGUAGGGAUUCAGAGAGAAAAUCAAAAUUUGAUGAUUCAAAAUUAAAAAGUGAUGACAGUCAACAUAGGAGUAAAGAAAGGGAACGAUUAAGAAGCAGAAGUAGGGAUAAAGAAAAAGAGAGAAAAAGGAGUAAAGAGAGAGACAGGAACAAAUAUAGAGACAGAUCCAGAGAGAAAUACAAGUAUGAAAAAAAAGUGGAUGAUCAUAGAAACAGUAGGGAUGGCAAAAGUUACUACAGAGAUGAGGUUGAUAGGCACAGGAUCUAUGAAAGGGAACGAGAAGAUAAAUGGUUCAGCAGGGAUAGAUACAAAGAACACCGUGACGAUCGUGACCAUCUGAUUCGUCAAAGAGAAUCGUCGACAGAUCCAAACAGCCGACACAUUGAUAAGAAAAAACUUCUGGAAAUAGCGCGACGCAACGCCAUCCAGAUGAUGAAGUCUGGUGGAUUACCGACUAGAGGAAACGCACACGAAAAAAUGUUGGCAGCAAUCAAAGCUGGUGGACAAACCAUUGAAGAACUGACCGAUUUUUGUAAGACCCUAAGCAAACAAGAGGAGGAGGCGGCAGAUGAAGAAGAGAUCGAGGAACGGGGCAGCGACAGUGAUGAAAACGACCGCCCAUUUCAUCACCCUUUUCAGAUUCGGGAUCGACCUACUUCUAUCACUAUGAAUAUUAAGAAUUCCGUUCCGUUACCGAUAAAAAGUACUCAAGAACGAAGCAGUGAAUUACGAAUGCAGUUCCCGGUCAGCAGUGGACAACAGCACAGGAAAACAGAACAAUGGGUUCCAGUCUCGCCUAAAAAAUCGGAGAAACCACCGGCACCCCCCUCGACUCUCGACACUGGAGCCUCUACUUCUGAAACGGUACCCGUACCUCCUGUAGAGGAGAACCCGACUCAGUUGGUGGUGCCGGCACCACCAAACGCCCCUCCCGGCCCUCAAGCCUUUCCCACACCUCUUUUAGAACCGACGGUUGACAUUGGAUCCAUUGUUUCCCAGAGACUGACUGCAAUGAGAAGGCUUCAGGAAAAUCCCAACGACGUUCAGGCUUUAACGCAGAUUUACAAAUCCAAUAAAGAGAUGCAAAGCUGGGCGGAAAGCAAACAACAACCCGGCCAGUUCACAGGAACGACAGGCGCACAGAUUCUGUCGCAGGCAGAACUCGCUUCCGGUUACCAAGCCUGGGCGAAAAAGGAUCAACUGGUGACAGCCGCACCGGUUUCCGGAGGAAUGGGAAUGCACCUGCUCCAAAAAAUGGGUUGGCGCCCAGGCGAGGGAUUGGGAAAGGAAAAGUCGGGGGCGCUCGAACCUCUGUUGCUGCAAGUCAAAUUGGACAAGAGAGGACUGGUGGCGGACGAAGAACAACCGAAAAAGAAAAAGACGAAAAGUGGAAACGGAGCGGCGACGGCGGCGGCGGCUACGGCAACGGCGGCAAAAACGAUGGCGGGCAAACAUCCCGUCUCAUUGUUGGGAGAAUAUGCGAGCAAAAAGAAGCUCGGAGCUCCACAAUACGUGCUGUGUUUCGAGUGUGGACCCGAUCACAAGAAAAACUUCCUGUUCAAGGUAAUAUUGAAUGGAGUGGAAUAUCAACCGAAUGUCGCAAGUGCCAACAAAAAAGAUGCCAAAGCAGCAGCUGCACAAUUAUGCCUUAAAAGUAUUGGAUUAAUUCAAUAGUCGUUUUGUUUACUCAAAACAUGUAAAUAAUUUGUAUAUUGUACAUAAAUAUAAAUGUAAACCUCCA